CGCUGAAACCGGCUUUGAUUUCGUGGGGGUCUUGACUUCCCCGUGUUUAUCUCGCCCCAUGUGCACCUCGCAGCUCGCGCUACUGCAGGUGUUCUUCCUGAUGGUCCCCGAGGGCAUCUGGCCUCAGCCCUCUUUCUCCCCGUCAGGGGAUGUGCCCACCCCUUCGGACGUGGGGCCAGGGUCGCCGGGGGGGACCCUUCAGUCGUCCUCGGAGGGGUCUGAAACUCCCUGGCCUGUGUCUGGGAUCUCUACGGUGGACCCUACGGUCGUGACCCCCUCUGCACCUGGGAAUGGGACCGUAGACCUCUUCCCAGUCUUACCGGUCUGUGUCUGUGACUUGACCCCUGGUACCUGCGACAUAAAUUGCUGCUGCGACAAGGACUGCUAUCUUCUCCAUCCGAGGACGGUUUUCUCCUUCUGCCUUCCAGGCAGCGUGAGGUCUUCAAGUUGGAUGUGCGUGGACAACUCUCUUAUCUUCAGGAGUAAUUCCCCAUUUCCUUCAAGAGUUUUCAUGGAUUCAAAUGGAAUUAGGCAGUUUUGUGUCCAUGUGAACAACUCAAAAUUAAACUAUUUCCAGAAGCUCCAAAAGGUCAGUGCAACCCACUUCGAGGCCCUGGCUACAGAGUUUGGAAGUGGAUCAUUCACUUCAGCAUUCCAAACCAAGUUGCCACCACCUCAUUACAGGGCUGGGGACCCCAUUCUGACUUACUUCCCCAAGUGGUCUGUAAUCAGCUUGCUGAGGCAGCCUGCGGGAGUUGGAGCUGGGGGGCUCUGUGCUGAGAGCAAUCCUGCAGGUUUCCUGGAGAGUAAAAGUACAACCUGUGCUCGUUUCUUCAAGAACCUGACAAGUAGCUGCACCUCAGAUCCAGCCCUCAAUGCUGCCUCUUACUAUAACUUCUCAGUCUUGAAGGUUCCAAAAGGUAUGACUGAUCUGCAGAAUAUGAAGUUCCAGGUUCCUGUAACCCUUAUCUCACAAGCUGGUUCUCCUCUCUUGUCUGGAAACACUUGUCAGAAUGUGGUUUCCCAGGUCAUCUAUGAGAUAGAGACCAAUGGGACUUUUGGAAUCCAGAAAGUCUCUGUCAGUUUUGGACAAACCAACCUGACUGUCGAGCCAGGCACUUCCUUACAACAACACUUUCUCAUUCGCUUCAGGGCUUUUCAACAGAGCACAGCUGCUUCUCUUACUGGUCCUAGAAGUGGGAAUCCUGGCUAUAUUGUUGGGAAGCCACUUUUGGCCCUAACUGGCGAUAUAAGUCACUCUAUGACCCUCUUACAGAGCCAGGGUGAUGGAAUUUGCUCUGUUAAGAGAUAUGAAGUACAAUUUGGAGUGAAUGCAGUAUCUGGAUGCAAGCUCAGGCUGAAAAAGGUGGACUGCAGCCACUUACAGCAGGAGAUUUAUGAGACUCUUCAUGGAAAGACCAGCCCAGAACAUGUUGCCAUCUUUGGUAAUGCUGUCCCAGCCCAGAAGAGAGAGUGGACAAGGAUUCUCAGCAGGAACUGCAGUGUUUCAGCUAUGCGUUGUACUUCCUGCUGUGUCAUACCAGUUUCCCUGGAGAUCCAGGUAUUAUGGGCAUAUAUAGGCCUCCAGUCCAACCCACAAGCUCAUGUGUCAGGAGCCCGGUUCCUAUACCAGUGCCAGUCCAUAAAGGAUUUCCAACAAGUAACAGAAAUACCUUUGACAACUGUUGUGACCUUUGUGGACAUUACCCAGAAGCCGGAUCCUCCAAGGGGCCAACACCGAAUAGACUGGAAACUGCCAUUCGACUUCUUUUUUCCCUUCAAAGUGGCAUUCAGCAAAGGAGUAGACUCUCAGAAAGGCUCAGCUUCUCCCAUCCUUAUCCUGUGUCUCUUAGUACUUGGAGUUCUCAAGCUAGAAACCAAGUGAAACAAGAAGAAUCAGAUUUUAAUUUUCCCUAUGGGAAGUUCUGAGACAGCCUACUUAUCUUGGCUAAAUAGGUCCAUACCUGCUCGUGACCAGAGGAGAGUAUUUUAAGAUAACAGAGGACCUAACUGAAGGAAUGUUUGUAUGUGAAAGAAGGGAUUUUUCGAAAAGCAAUAAAAAUAUCUUCUUUGUCAUGGCUGUCUGCUUAGGACUCUGCAGACCACCAAGUACACAUUAGGUUCUUCUCAAGCUAGGAAGAACACAAAGAGCCCUUCCUGCAGCCCUUCAGGUUGUGUUAUGCCUCACUAAAGUUUUGCAAGAUCUUCAUCCACCUGCUCACAGGCACAGUUAGACCCAGCAUAGAAAGGAACAUGUUCCUGCUGUCCUCUGGAUGAACUUGGGAAUAGAUGCCCUCUGGACUUAAGAGGAGCUGACUGUUGGGAACAGAAAACUGCUGGCUAAGGAUUUCAUCUGGCUUCUCCCCACUCCCUUGGGCCACAUUCUGCUGGAGCAUGAGUGAGGAGAACAGUUCUUUCUAGUCAGUUUCCAAAAUGAAUGUGGAAUCCCAGCCCCCCCUUUUUACUAGCAAAUGAUCCUACCAGUCAUUUCUGUAUUUUUCCUCCCUCCCAUUGUGGUGAGAGAAAUAAAACUGAUUGAGAGCUUUGUUGUACUAAUUCCA